CGGGUAAGACACUGUCCGCACACAUACUGUAGACGCCGCUCCCAGACACCACUGUAGCGACACCAGUCUUGUAAGAUUGUUUCUUUAAAAAAAAAAAACAACUUCCAAUCCCAUCCAUAUAAGGCUUUCAGUGCAUCUUCUGGAAUUCCAGUUACAGUAGAAACAGCCAACAAAUCGGUACCGAAUAAGUAACCUGGUUUAUUUGGACUAUGCUUUUUUUUUCUUCCUCUUGAACUUAAGAAAAAAAGUUAAGAGGGGGAGACAGAAAUUUUAAAAAAAAACUAACACGUUGCGGAAUCCUCUCAGCGUUUCAAGUGCGCGUCCCCCGAUAGGAGGGCCGCGCUGCCGAGAACCCAGGCUGCUAUGACGUCACCCAAUCAGCUGUGGAAAGUGCGUCUCGGCGGCGCGCACCGCCCGACCUGCAGGUUUAUAAGACCCCGGUACCCGCAGCGGGGAGAGAGGAGCAGUUCUCGCUAGCCUGAAGACGAGGAUCCCGACGGAGCCGCAAGGAUGCGUGAGAUUGUGCAUAUCCAGGCUGGGCAGUGCGGAAACCAGAUCGGGGCCAAGUUUUGGGAGGUGAUAAGCGAUGAACACGGCAUCGACCCUACCGGCAGCUACCACGGGGAUAGCGAUCUGCAGUUGGAAAGAAUCAACGUCUACUACAAUGAAGCCAGCGGUAACAAGUACGUGCCUCGUGCUAUUCUUGUGGAUUUGGAGCCUGGCACAAUGGACUCCGUCAGGUCUGGGCCUUUCGGACAAAUAUUCAGGCCGGAUAACUUUGUCUUUGGUCAGAGUGGGGCCGGCAAUAACUGGGCCAAAGGUCAUUACACCGAGGGCGCGGAGCUGGUGGACUCGGUUCUCGAUGUGGUCCGGAAGGAGUCUGAAAGUUGCGACUGCCUGCAAGGCUUUCAGCUCACCCACUCCUUGGGCGGGGGCACCGGCUCGGGCAUGGGCACCUUACUCAUCAGCAAGAUCCGAGAGGAGUACCCUGACAGAAUCAUGAACACUUUCAGCGUCAUGCCUUCCCCCAAGGUGUCGGACACCGUGGUGGAGCCCUACAACGCCACUCUGUCGGUCCACCAGCUGGUGGAGAACACGGAUGAGACCUACUGCAUCGACAAUGAAGCCCUCUACGACAUCUGCUUCCGCACCCUGAAGCUCACCACGCCCACGUACGGAGACCUGAACCACCUGGUGUCGGCCACCAUGAGUGGGGUCACCACUUGCCUCCGGUUCCCCGGGCAGCUGAACGCCGACCUGCGCAAGCUUGCCGUCAACAUGGUGCCUUUCCCUCGCCUUCACUUCUUCAUGCCCGGCUUUGCGCCGCUGACCAGCCGCGGCAGCCAGCAGUACCGUGCCUUGACUGUGCCCGAGCUAACGCAGCAGAUGUUCGACGCCAAGAACAUGAUGGCGGCCUGCGACCCUCGGCACGGGCGAUACCUCACCGUGGCAGCCAUUUUCCGCGGUAGGAUGUCCAUGAAGGAGGUGGACGAGCAGAUGCUCAAUGUGCAGAACAAGAACAGCAGCUACUUCGUGGAGUGGAUCCCCAACAACGUGAAGACCGCCGUCUGCGACAUCCCCCCAAGGGGUCUCAAAAUGUCCGCCACUUUCAUCGGGAACAGCACUGCUAUCCAGGAGCUGUUCAAGCGCAUCUCGGAGCAGUUCACCGCUAUGUUCCGGCGCAAGGCCUUCUUGCACUGGUACACGGGAGAGGGGAUGGACGAGAUGGAGUUCACGGAGGCCGAGAGCAACAUGAACGACCUGGUGUCCGAGUACCAGCAGUACCAGGACGCCACUGCGGAUGAGCAGGGCGAGUUUGAGGAAGACGAGGGGGAAGACGAGGCGUAGAGUCCAGACUGGCACAGUGGGUCACCUCAGCUCGAAGCACACUUUUUAAAGUCUUAGCCUUUAAAACCAUCAUUGAGACAUGCAGCUUAAUUCUGUAUUUUGUAACCGUGGUUGAUGUCGAGCAGAAUUUUUUUGUGCGGUUGUGUGGAAAACAGAAAUGAUCUCUUUACAAUUUGUUUGUUCACACUGAUGAGAAAUUCAUUAACAUUUUGGCAGUGUAUGCGCUCCCAUUCUUAUGUGAGGAAAAUGGGGUGAAUGAUGAAUUUACGUCUGGUAUUAAAGGUUUCUCAAAACUUAAUAAAAUGUGUGCCAGCAUUAAACUGUG